GUCGGUCCAACAGACCCGGGGUGACACUUCUUGCCAGGAGCCCAGACAGCAUGAGCCUCGCUGUUCUGUGGGUGUUUCUGCCGCUGGUCGCCAUGACCCAGGGCCAGUAUGGCGACUACGGGUACCCAUACCAGCAGUACCACGACUACAGUGACGAUGGCUGGGUGAACCUGAACCGGCAGGGCUUCAGCUUCCAGUGUCCCCACGGGCAGGUGGUGGUGGCAGUGAGGAGCAUCUUCAGCAAGAAGGAAGGCUCGGACAGACAGUGGAACUACGCCUGCAUGCCCACCACCCAGAGCCUGGGCGAGCCCACCGAGUGCUGGUGGGAGGAGAUCAACAGGGCCGGCAUGGAAUGGUACCAGACCUGCUCCAACAACGGGCUGGUGGCCGGCUUCCAGAGCCGCUACUUCGAGUCAGUGCUGGAUCGGGAGUGGCAGUUCUACUGCUGUCGCUACAGCAAGAGGUGUCCCUAUUCCUGCUGGAUGACCACGGAGUACCCCGGCCACUACGGCGAGGACAUGGACAUGGUGUCCUACAGCUACGAUUACUAUAUGCGCGGAGCCACCACCACCUUCUCCGCAGUGGAAAGGGACCGCCAGUGGAAGUUCAUAAUGUGCCGCAUGACCAACUAUGACUGUGAAUUUGCAAAUGUUUAGAUUUGCCUCGAACCAGAUCGGGGUGAAGGGGAGAGGCUGGAGGUCCAAGGGUGUCCACCUGUGUUAACUCCAGUUGGGUCCCAGGAGGUUCCUGUACUCUUCCUGCCCCCUGAGCUGGUCAGCGGCUGCGACGCCAGCUUGCUAAGCCUUUCUCACAACUAUCACACUUAUAACCAAACCCACAAUGAAGACACAUUUCUCACUCUCAACAUGAGACUGUUUUUAUAGGACUGACAAUCACUUUCCUGAAGGCUACAUGUAUGGUGUGCAUGCUCAUGGCCUGAGCACCUACUGUGUGCACACACAACCCAAGUACAUACUGUGUGUGUGCUCAUGGUCUGAGCACCUACACUGUGCAUGCACAGCCUGAGUGGGAGCCUGGUCCCUGGAGCCCCCUGGCUGAGGCCUGGGAGCUGAGCACAGGGCAGGUGGAGGAAGAUGGCAGGGAGGGGUCUCUGCAGUUGGGAAGUAGUGUCCUCUUGGAGGACAGGCCUCCCCUUGAGGGACGCACUAGCCUGGAAGUUCAGGGCACCGCUCUGUGCUCCCUGCUCCAGGUGAGGGGACUGGGAAGGGAAUUGGGAACAGGAGGGCAAGGUAGAGCUGAAAGAAAUGACUGGAAAUUUUCUGAAGUGGAAGGAGGCUGUCAGCAUGCCCAGAAGUGCCAGGAGCACGGGGAUCAGUCUCCCGUCAGAC